AUGUCAAGCAAGGAGCUGUUCAAGAAGGGCCUCAAGAACCGCCGCGAGGUUCUGGGCGACGCCUACGUCGAUCGCUCCAUCAACAACGGGAACAGCGAGUUUGCCUUUGCCGGACAGAAACUGACGACAGAAUGGUGCUGGGGUGAGACCUGGUCCCGCCCGGGCCUGACCCGCCAGCAGCGCAGUCUUUUGAGUAAGAAGCCCACGUGCUCGCCGCUUCCCCGUCCGUUUCUCCAGGCUGACAACACUUCAGAUCUCGGCAUCCUCGUCGCCAUCAAGAGCUGGCCCGAACUGGGCGUCCACGUCCGCGGCGCGCUGCGCAACGGCGUCACCGAGCUGGAGAUCCGCGAGGCCAUUGUCCACGCGACCAUCUACACGGGCGUGCCGGCCGGCGUCGAGGCCUUCAAGGUGGCCAGCCGCGUCAUCGACGAGAUGGUCGCCAACGGCGAGCACGAGCGCCAGCUCAACGCGACGUCGGAGGAGUUUGUCGCCUACACGCAGUAA